GCAAAACGAUCCUGAACAGCCUUCUUCCUGCGAUUGAUCUUGUGUAACCGUGUGUUUAACCGAACCAAGGCUCUGAUACCACUUGUUAGGAAUCAGAGAUCAGAGGCGGUCAAGCGGAAGCGAACAAACACACACACACAAAUAGCAGAAAAUAAGAACACGAGAUUUAACGUGGUUCGGUCAGUAAACUACUCCACGGGUUGCAACUAGGGUUUAUCUUUUAUUAGGUGCUCACAGAUUAUAGUUACAUGAUUGGGUAUUUAUAAGAUAUAAACUAGGGUUAACAACUUGCUAAACAAGAAACAACUAAUGGGCCCUUUAAUUAAUAACUAAAACCGGCCCCCCAUGUUUCUUCCCUUUAGCCGACCAGGCUUAAAGCCCACAGCUCUAAAGCCUUCACCGAAUAACCCAACAAGAUAGACUCUAGAGAAGUGGUUGAAUUGGAAGAAAAGACUCCCGAGAACCUAUGAGGAAAUCCUCCAUUAAGACGAUGGUGCAAACACGCAGCAAUGCCAAUGUGGGUACCGGAGCUCCCCAACAGGGGGAGAACAGCACCACUGGAGGUCGGAACCCUCCCAUCACUACCGGAGAGGCAGAGGCCCUCAUUCAGAGGGUUGGAAUCACGGCCGAACAGUUCAAAGAGGUGAUGGCUGCACUUGCACCCAACCGCGAGGUUGUGGUAGAAGAAGUGGCCGGGGGACCCACAGGUGGGAAGGCUGGACCCGCGGGCUCCCAAGGGAAAAAGAAGAAAGUAAGGCGAUCCCAGAAGAAGAAGGCGACCAAGCCUAAUGGGAAAGCCGUGAUGGCGGAUGCGCUUUCCAGGUUGGACGAGGAGGACGGGUCGUCCUCCUUUGAGCGGAUGUCUGCCUUUGACUGUUUGGGAGACCCCAAGUCAAAGAAACUUCGGACCUCUGCGUUCGAACGGCUGCAGGACACUCGGUCGGCCCGAAAAGGCGACUUGAGGGACACGCUCAAGGAGAAGAGAGGGGAGUCCACAGCGACCUCCAAGGUCAGCUCUGAGGAGCGACGGACGACCGAUAAGGGCGCAGCUGAGCUGUGGAAAAUGUACGAACAACUGGAGAAGCGUCUGGACGCCCAAAACCCUUAUCGCCAAACGGUCUUCAGUGAGGUAACACCUUUCUCCAGAAGGAUAAUGUCAUGUCCCCUCCCAGAUAAUUUCAAAACUCCCCAAAUCAAGGCGUACAACGGGACGACUGAUCCCCAGGACCACCUCGCCCGCUUCGGGGCUAACGUGGUCAUGUACGCGUACCCAGAAGAGAUCAAGUGUAGAUGUUUCCUGGCAACACUAGAAGGGCAAGCUUGUGAAUGGUUCCACAAGUUGCCCAAAGGGUCGAUAGACAAGUGGAGCAACCUGGCCCACAAGUUCUUGGAGCACUUCGCAUCCAGCCGAAGACAGAAGCUCCCCUUCUCGCAUCUGCUCAAUGUGAAGAUCCGGAAGGGGGAACAGCUCCGAGAAUUCAUAAACAGGUGGGAGAAGGAGGCCGACGACCAGGCCCUGAUCGCCAUGCUCCAAGCUGCACUCCCCCAAGGGGAUGUGCGCAAGGAGCUGCGACGGAAUCCUCUCUCAACCUACCAGGAGAUGUUGGCCAGGGCGAAGUACUUGGCGUUAGAAGAAGAAGAUGAUGAGCCACCAGUCCGGAAGGAGAAGAAAAGCGGACCACCGGUGGCAGAAGGGAAGAAGAGAAAGGACUAUGGUAAGGGGCCAAACCCUACCGGAUAUCAUGCGAACAGACAUCCUGUUCACGCGCACCCACAUUACGUCGGAGUGCGUUACGUUGAAGAAGGAGAUGGAUCAGCUGAUUGCAAGGGGCCACCUCCUCGGGCGGACCGACCACCCUCGAGUAACCGGACCUGGAGGAGGCCAUCAGCUCCCGCGGCAGCGAUCACAGCGGGGGAAGGGCAGGAAGAUGGGCGGCGACAUCUAGGGCGAGACUGUGAGGACCUAGAUGAAGAAGAAAGGCAAGGCCGCCGACACCUGGGGUGCCGGUUCAUCAUGGGAGGAAACACGGGGGGAGAUUCAGUAUCCUCCCGGAAGAAAUGGAAGAACAUGGUGUAUCUGGCCGAGGUACAGAGGCCGCCGCUACCAAAGCGGAAGAAGAAAGAACCCCUGGUUUUUACAGACGAGGAUUAUCCCCCAGUCCUCAGCCCUCAUAGGGAUGCUCUGGUGAUAAAGGUGGAGAUCAAUAAUGUGGUUGUUCACCGAACUUUGGUCGAUACGGGUAGCUCGGUCAACGUCAUGUACAGCAACACCUUUAAGGAGUUGGGGUUGUCCCGGAGUGACCUGAAACCAAUCCAUACACCACUAUCAGGGUUCACAGGGGAUACUAUAGAGGCUGAAGGAACCAUCACGGUGAAGGCUGGGGUAGGAGAUGGCACCCACCGACUCUGGGUCGACAUGGAAUUUAUGGUAGUGCAGCUCGAUUGUGCACACCAUUUGAUCCUGGGGCGACCAGGGUUGGAGGACUUGGAGUGCGUGAUCUCCCCGGCCCACCUAUGCCUCAAGUUCAACACUCCCACGGGAGUGGGGGUGGCCAAGGGAAACCAAAGCCUGUCACGGUCGUGCUACGUCAGGGUAACCAAAAGCCAAGCCCGGGUCGACGAGAAUGUAAGCACGAUCUGCGCUGCAAUCCAGAAGGAGGAGGGGCGACCGCGAGCUGAGCCAGCGGAAGAGGUCGAGGAAGUUUCUCUGGAUCCGGUCGACCCAGAGCGGAAGGUGAAGGUAGGCAAGACCUUGCCGCUGGAAUUAAAGGAGCAGCUACUGGAGGUCCUCCGCGCAUUCAAGGUGCUAUUUGCUUGGGGGCCAGAGGAUAUGUCAGGGGUCGACCCAAAGAUCAUCUGCCAUAGAUUGGCGGUGGAUCCGACCUACAAGCCGGUCAAACAGAAGAAGCGUUUCAGAACGGAGAGAAUUUGUCACCAAGCAGAGCAGGUCCCUCGGGAAGAAAACGCUGAGGCUGACAUCCUGUCAAAGCUUGGCCCGGAUUCUCCGGAUCACAUCAGGGCGAUGACCCAAGAAGAGGAGUUGCUCGAGCCAAGCAUCAGUCCCGGACAAGUACUGAUCGUCACACUCGGAGAAGAGCCGGACUGGAUUGAUGAGAUUACCAUGUACAUCCUUGACGGGUCGCUACCUGCCGACCCGAUCGCAGCCAAGGUGGUGAAGCGACGUGCACCCAGCUACACGCUGGAGUGCGGUCGUUUGUACAAGCGAUCGUACAAUGGUACACUGUUGAGGUGCUUAAGAGCGAGCGAGGCUCAGAAGCUGAUGGAAGAAAUCCAUGAAGGAAUAUGCUCAGCACAUCAAGGAGCCAUCACGAUGUCAAGGAAAGUAACCUUGCAAGGAUACUUUUGGCCAACGAUUAUUAGAGAUUGUGCAGAGUAUGUGCGUAAAUGCAAGGUUUUCCAAGAGUUCCAGAGGGUGCCGGGGCGACCGGCGACACAUUAUACCCCGAUCAGCACGGCGAUUCCCUUUGCUCGGUGGGGCAUCGAUCUGGUCGGUAUCUUGCCUCGAGGAACAGGAAACAACACAUAUCUGGUGGUCGCAAUCGACUACUUCACCAAGUGGGUCGAGGCCACCCCCCAGAUCAUCACUGACAACGGAACCCAAUUCGAGGCCGGAGGGUUCAAUGAGUUUCUACAGAGUUGGGGCAUAGGUCACAGCUAUGCAGCUGUCGGGUACCCUCAAACCAAUGGACAGGUCGAGAACACCAAUCGCACCAUCAUGGACGGUCUCAAGAAGAAGAUAAUGGAAUGCAAAAGUGCCUGGGUGGAGGAAUUGCCCUACAUCUUGUGGACCUACAGGACUACCCCAAGGAAGGCCACAGGUGAAACUCCUUUCUCGCUCACAUAUGGAUUUGAAGCAAGGGCUCCAGCAGAGACCUCAUUGUUGAGCUAUAGAGUGGAGACCUAUGCAGCUGUCGGGUACCCUCAAACCAAUGGACAGGUCGAGAACACCAAUCGCACCAUCAUGGACGGUCUCAAGAAGAAGAUAAUGGAAUGCAAAAGUGCCUGGGUGGAGGAAUUGCCCUACAUCUUGUGGACCUACAGGACUACCCCAAGGAAGGCCACAGGUGAAACUCCUUUCUCGCUCACAUAUGGAUUUGAAGCAAGGGCUCCAGUAGAGACCUCAUUGUUGAGCUAUAAAGUGGAGAUGUUUGAUGCACAAGAGAAUGAGGAGAACUUGAGGGCAGAACUGCACCUCGUUGAUGAGCGAAGGGAAAGGGCAUACAUGCGAGCAGAAAAUUAUCGCCGACAGGUCAAGUCAUAUCACGACCAGCGGGUACGACCAAGGAAGUUCCAGGUGGGCGACUAGGUCCUUCGGAAAAGGGAAGUCAGCCGACCGAUCGAUGGAGGGAAGUUUGCUAAAAGUUUCGAGGGGCCAUACAUUAUAAAGGAGGUUUUGGCUG